AUUGAAUUAGAAAUACAAAUAAAAUAAUUGUAAUCGAGACAUAAUAACAUUAUAUAUAAACAGUACCUUUAUAAAACUAAAGUAAUAACAAAUUACAAGCAUUUAUUUAUGUACAAUGUCGUCGGUAGAAUUAUCAUCUACUUAUAUUCGAAAAUUAAAUCAUCCUCUGAAAGAAAUACGUGAAAGAACAUUACAAUUAUUAGUGACGAAGCUUCGACUAGGAUGGGAAUUGGAGGAUGAGUUGGGCGGAACGAGAGAAUUACUUGAAGCCUUGCUGGCUUGGUUCCAUGUCCAAGAACCUUCAUUGCAACGUGAAGCUCUGGAAUUAUUGCUUACUGUUGUUAAAACUAAAGCUGGAUCAUACAUAGCCAAAGAAUUUAGCGUUGAUAAAAUUUUGCUAACUUUAAAUAAAAUUAAACCUAAAUUAGUACCAAAUGCCAUUGAUGUGUUUGAUGAUAUUGUGGAAACUCUUAAUUUUAUGAAUACUGUUGAUUCUCAAGUAAAUGUCAAUAUUCCCUAUCUCAAACUAACACCAGAGACAAGUUCAGCAAGUAAUGGAUCAAGUAGCAGCUAUUAUAAUAUAGGCUUAAAUAAGAUGUCUUCAAAUGGGACUCCAGAUUUAAAUGAAGACAUAGAUACAUAUAAAACAGAAAAAUAUCAUCCUGAUGGUGUCAACAUACUUCUUUUACCUUGGGUGGAUUUGAGCCCGUCUGAUUUUAAAACAAUUGUCCUUAUAGGAGAUUCAUUAAAAGUUUUAAAAUCAACCCGUCGGUGUUGUCGAUUUAUCAGAGAUGUUUUUUUAAGAGAUUUUCCCGUGGAGAUAUUUUUAAAUCGACCUGUUAUAAUUAAGACUUUAUUAGCUAUAUGUGAUGGACAAAGUGGAGGACAUCCAGGAGAAGCCUUACACACACUUUUAUGCAUAACACAAUCAUUACAUACAAGAUUUUCAACUUUAUUCUCUUUGGACUUGGUAUCACAACCAUUUAAGGUUUCAGAUGAUAAAGAGAGUAAUGAUGAUAUAAAUGCAGAGCUGGAACAAUUUGCAGGCAACUUUUCACAACCAGUGGAUGAUGCUUUAAUUACAUUAAGACAGUUGCCAGUUCCAAUAUAUGCAUUGGAUGCUGCACAAACUGUACUGACAAUAAUGACUCGUAGUGUAGUCUUAGUUGACUCUGACAACGACUAUAAUGGUGUCAUUGAUAUGAAUGAUUUUAACACAUGUUUAUGUCUUGUUGAAAGUCUGAUUGAGCUACUGUUAAGAUGUGUCACUGAAACUUUCUGGGUUCAGGACCACUCAUCAAAAAUACACAGAGAUAUUGCUCAUAAAGCAUGUAUGGUUAUGCGGAUGUUGGGCGAAUUAGUGACGAAAUUCAAAGCAUCAUGUAACAGAGAUCCAGAGCGCUCCCAUCACAGAGGGGCGUGGCUGCGUACAGUGUCAUGUGGCGAACGGCUUCUGAAUUGGACUAGAAACUCAGCUUUGGCCCCUACCUCGAUUAUAGUAGCUUUACAAGCGGCUCUUAUUGAUCCAGCUUUAGAACUUCUGUACCCAACGCUUGCUAAAAAAUUGGCCGCCGUUAUAUUUAACUCCAAGUCAUUAGUGGAUCAAGAGUACAAAAGUAAAUAUAGAGAGUUAAAUAAAUUAUUCGUCAGUAUGGACUAUGCCGUUCAGUUCAUGAAGCAAAAAGAAUCUAGCAGAAUAUCUAAGAAUAUCCUUACCUGUAUUAAAAAUUCUAUCCCAAUAUUAUAUUUAAAUGUUGGUGAUAAUUAUUUAAAAGAUAUUGCAGAAAUUUUGUUGAGAAAAUCGAAAGAUCUAGAUCUUUGUGACAGUGAUUGGUCUAUAGCACGAAGCAUUGCCUUAAAUCUGAUGGCACACAGCUUGGAAUGGGUGCAGGUCAGCUUCUACAAAAUGUUAAGCGAAAUGGUGAAAUCGGUUCUGAUGGGAGAAGACGAAUACCAAUCUGAAAAUGAGAAGUGUUUGACUUUAAUAUGCGAUGUCGGAAUUUUGACUGAAAUAUGUUGUCACGGAUUAUCUUCAGAAAAGGUGGGGAGUAGCGCGAGCGACAUCGUGCUGUACGUACUGCGCGGGCGCCUGGUGCUGUCGGCCGGCUGCUGGUGGCGACUGCUGGCCAGCCUGCUGCCGGUGUUGCCGCUGCUGCACGUGUACGCGGCACACGACACACAGUUAGGAAAAGCAAUCUGUAAAUCUUUGGAGCCCGAUAUAGUUGAAUGUAUGGGAAUUUCUAAGGCAGAAAUGAUUGCGGGGCUUAUUAGACUGUUGUUUGUGAACUGCGCUCCUGUACAAUUGGAUGCUGCAUACGCUCUUUGUAGACAAUUAGAUGACGAAAGAUUUUUGCCACCUCGAGAUUCACUGCGUUCCGAUGUCAUACUGAAUGCUCUGAGACGCCUCGAAGUACAAGAUUUCAAUAUCGACCAAUCCAGCUCGCCAUCGAAGAAUCCACAGACGGCUGGUCUACUCCAGAUCAUUGAAGUGUUAAAACAAGACUUAGUUCUGAAUGAAGAAACAUUAGAGUAUACGGCUCAAGGUCACAGUCGGCCGGCCCUCGAGCCGUCUCUACGUCGCAGCACGUUGCAGCAGCUAGCCGUGAUGAUGCGUCAGCAAGAAUUGCACGAAACAUUUCUUCAAAGUGACGGACUCAAUCUCGUUGUUUCUCUACUCAGAUUGUCUCUGAUGGUAGAUGAUUAUCUAGCGUUUCCUGAAUGCGCCAUCAGCUGUGUAUCGAUUCUGAAUAGUAUUUGUUUUGUGAGCCGACAUAAUUUGGUGAAAAUAUCGGAUUUGCCCUUACUAUUGAUUAGAGUGAUUCUGGUAUUUCCCGCAAACGACAGCAGCGUGCUGACGUGCGCGCAGCUGCUGGCGCUGCAGGCGUGGGCGGGGUUCGCGCUCCAAGAGCUGGACGCCUCUCGCCGACGUGUUCCGGCCUUACCCCUGAAUGUCAUUCAGCGGACAUCCCUCCCCUUCACCGCCAAUAGCUACUGGGGUACCAGUCCCAACACUGAACAUUCGUCUGUGGAAUGGUUGCUAACGGAGGACGCGUGGCGGAGCGCGAUCCAGGUUCGCUGGUGGUGGUCGCGCCGCGGUAGCGCUUCGCUCCUCCGCGGUGCUUCGCCCCUGGGACCGGAGGCUCCGCUCCCUCGGGAGGUGCGCUUGCUGCGGUCGGCCAGUGUGAGUCACUCUUGCGCCGGCCUUCUGCUGGCGUUGGAGAAUGCGACGUCGCACGCACAAGUCACCGACGCCUUGAAUAUGAUGCAAAGCUAUACAUACCUAGUCCCAGCGUCUCCAACCUGCGCUACAGAGCUGGAGGAGCUGCCCUGGCAUCACACGCGCAGGUUCUUGAGCGCUCCCCCGGCUUCCUCCCGCGACACUGCGCUGUUGAUUUCGCUGCUGAAAUUUAUUGUUGCUUAUAUGGACAAUAUGCCAAAAGAAGACGUCUCAUUAUCCUGGAUAAAGACUUCGUUCAUCGGCAGCGACGCCGUCAUAAUAUCCCUGCUGAGUCGAGACCGUCUCUAUCCUCACCAAACUUUGCAAGAGGAUAUUGAGUUGAUCCAGUUACGCAUUCACAUCGUCAAAGUGCUGCUGAGAUGUGUCCUACUCGUGGAGCAGCAAGGCGACUUUAGCUGCUGCAGGAUGGAGAGUUUCCUGAAGAUUUUACUCAGUUGCUUGGAGAGGAUCGAUUUGAAAAAUUUUCAUACGCUUGGAUAUCUCAACGAGCUGAUACGCUGCAUAAGAUACGCGACGCAUUCUCGGUACUGCGACUUAUCGGAGGAAACUGUAAUCCAAAGCUUGAAAAUAAUGACGCAUGCUUUGAGCGGAUGCGCGUCCGGCGCCGGACGGAAGGGCCGCGCGAGCCGCCGCGACGCGCUGCUCGCGCUGCUGGCGCUGCUGCGCCGCGCCGCGCGCGCGCGCGUGCCGCCGCAGAGAUGGAGCGAGUCGUGGGAGGGCGCGGCGCUGCGGGCGGCGCUGAGCGCGGCGGGCGCGAGCGGCGCGGGAGGCGCGGGCGGCGCGGGGCUGCGCGGCGCCGCGCUACACGUGCUGGCUGCGCUCGCGCACCACGCGCCGCUGCACACGCAGAUACUUCAGCAUAUUGAAAAAGAAUCGUUGUGCCAGUACGCUAUAGAGAUGUUCUCCAGACCCGGUGAAGCGAACCUCGUGCGAGCGGCUGCGGCUGCCUUGCUCACCACUCUCACCUCGAGGACAUCCUCUCAUACUCAGACUUUAGAACAUGAUAUUUUGCGAUCUAUGGAGGAAGGUUAUUUCUUGGAAGAUUGUAUGAACAUACUAGUGGAAUUUCUCAAUGAUAAAGAUUAUAAAAAUUAUCUAGAACCGAAUGUACCGUUAUCGGUGUUGGAACGUGGAUCAGAAUUGGAGGUACGUGCGCAAAAAAGCAACGAAAUUAACUUGUCACCUUUGCUACCGUUUCAAAAGCCUCCACCCACUGCGGAUUUGGUCGUCACAGUAGCUGACGUCAUUCACAAUAUUACAAUUUACAAAACUGCUCCAGUAAAAGCGUGGAAUGAACAAGGUCUUUAUAGGGUAUUGUUCAGGUACGUUGAAUUAAUGCGGAUUGUUUCACAUUUGUUAUGUGUAUGUAGUAUGUAUGCAGUAUGUGUCGGAUGGAUGAGGAUGGACGAGGAAGGAUUGAAUACGAAAUUAGUGUAUACGACGAAGUUUGAGAGGAGCGCUCGAGAUAGAACAACGGGGCUUGUGCUAUAG